AUGUACCCUCGUCGACAGCUCUCCAAGCUCUCCAAGGCUCCACAGCGCUCACAGCUUGGCGAGUAUCAUGACGAUAUCGGCCCUGAUGUGUCUGUGCCAGGGUUGCACGAUCUUGGCCGGUCCCCUAGUGUGACAUCUAAAGGUCCACUACCGGAUGCGGAAGUCUGCGACGAGCAGAUCCUGUCCCAAACCUCUACCAAGGCUCCAGUCGAGGGCACUGAGGCACAAAGAAUCAUCGAGAGGAACAUACAGGAGAGAAAAUUUUCGCUCCCUGCCGUUACAUGUCAUCAUCCACUUCCCAUAGCUUGA